GAUGCUUCGAGUUUUUCAUAUGCUCUGGGUUUUCGUCUCCUAAAUUCAAUACAUCUCGUGGAGUUUGCAUUUUGCAAUGGCUUUCGAGAUAACAAAUGAAAUGCUGGUGGGCAGUUUAAUGCCGGUUGUUGUUUACUGGGUUUAUGGAGGACUGUACACCAUGUUAGGCUACUCUUGUCACAAUUACAGAUUGCAUCCCAAGGAAGAUGAGGAUGACAAGAAUUUUGCCUCCAAAGAGACUGUCAUCAAAGGAGUCCUUUGGCAACAGUUCCGUCAGUUCAUUGCCACCAACAUAUUGUUUAUGCUGACAAGAGGAAACGAUGCCGGAGCUUCUUCAGGGCAGUCAGCUUCCUUCUUUGUUAUAGCAAGACAGUUUAUUGUAGCAAUGUUCGUAUUCGAUACUUACCAAUAUUUUCUUCACAGAUACCUACACCAGAACAAGUUCUUAUACAAGCACCUCCGCUCCAAGCAUCACCGUCUUGUGGUUUCCUACCCGUUUGGUGCCAUCUACAGUCAUCCAAUCGAGGGACUUCUGUUCGACAUCAUCGGCGGUUCGCUGGCCAUCUUCAUCUCCGGCAUGUCCCCUCUAACAUCAGCCUUCUUCUCCGCUUUCUGCAACAUGAAAUCAGUGGAUGACCAUUGUGGAUUAGUGCUUCCCGGAAACCCAUUUCAGUUCUUCUUUACCAACAACACGGCGUACCAUGACCUCCACCACCAGCUUUACGGUGGAAAAUACAAUUUCUCGCAACCGUUCUUCUCCAUUUGGGACAAAAUUAUGGGAACAUAUAUGCCUUAUGAACUUGAGAAAAGAGGAGGAGGAGGCUUCAUGUUGAGGCCAGUUAAGGAGAACAAGAAUUAAUUACCACUGCUCCUACUAUUGUGUGUAUUUACUGCCAGAUGGUCAAUGUUUGCUUUUGUUUUUAAUUACUGGUAAAAACGUAGCAAGCAUGUUUAAUG